GAGUCAUUCUCGUAGUCGCUUGUGGAAGCCUAUGCGGGGUCUUGAAACACCGUUUUGACCUGUAUUAAGUGUGGAGUGCGUGCGUUCGGUUUUGCGGCUUGGCUUAUCUCGUGUCAGUUUGAGUAGCGUCUGGGCCGCGUUGCAGCAAAAUGGAGUGUCUCAUGGGAAUUGCGUUUAAAGACUUCGUUCUUCUUGCUGCCGACAGAACAUGUUCUGCACAUGGGAUACUGGUUGUGAAACCCGAUGACGACAAGACCUUUCAACUGGCUGACAACCUUGUGAUGGCCGUGAGCGGCGAGCCAGGCGACACCGUCCAGUUCGCUGAGUACAUCGCCAAAAACAUACAGCUCUACAAAAUGCGCAACGGGUACGAACUCUCGCCAGCCGAGGCGGCGCACUACACGCGCCGCACGCUGGCCGAGUACCUGCGCACGCGCACGCCCUACCAGUGCAACCUGCUGCUGGCCGGCCACCGCGCCGACUCCGGCCCCGAGCUCUACUUCAUGGACUACCUGGGCAGCAUGGCCAAGCUGCCGUACGCCGCGCACGGAUACGGCGGGCUGUUCUCGCUGUCCGUCAUGGACCGAUACUACAAGGCCGAUGCCACCGAAGAGGAGGCGCUAGACAUCAUGAAGAAAUGCGUGGCUGAGAUCCAGACCCGCCUCAUUGUGAACCUGCCCAAAUUCCAGGUGUUGAUGGUUAACAAGGACGGCGUGAAGCGGCUGGAUGACGUAACCGUACAUUCGUUGAAGCAGCAGCCGGUCAUGGGCUGAGCUGAGCUCUGAGCUGAACUCUGAGCCCAGCUCAGUCUGACCUGUGCAGGCUCACGCCGGAUGUGCUCUGUCGUUUUCUGUCAAGCGUUCUCUGAAAUCAGCGGUGUAAUAAAGCUUCACACGCUUGGAACA